AUGGGUGUUGGUAAAUGGAGUUAUUCUGCAUGGAGGAGGGCUUCAGAGUCAUCUUCCUCCACGAAGCUCUUGUUGUUCAUGAUACCUCUUAUUGUGGUUGCCGGCCUUGUUUCUAUAUUGGGUCCUAACCCCAUUGCUAAUCCACCUCUGUUUUUGAGCUCUGUUAAUUCCUCUUCAUCAACCAGUGGUGUUGUCACCACUAAGGAGGCCCCAGAUGAAGUGAAACAGAGAGAAGAGAUAGUGGUGAUGGCUGUGGAUUUUCACGGCAAGGAAGAGAAAGCUAUCUCUGAUGACACUGACUUCAAUCACUCUUCUACACCACCAUUUUCCGUUCAGGCUAUACAAACACCUCAACAAUUUAACAAAUAUGAAGAAAAUGUUUCCCAUAUUUCGCCCAAUGUGGUUCCUGUGAACGAGUCUAAUGUUCCACCGUGGAGACCGAAGCUGCAAAGAAAAUUCAGCAUCUUAGAUAGAACCGAAGCUGGUCUAUUACAAGCUCGAGCUGCAAUUAGAGAAGCAAGAAACGGGAAUCAAACCCAAGAUAUAGACUAUGUUCCAGUUGGACCAAUGUAUAACAAUGCUAACGCAUUUCACAGGAGUUACUUAGAAAUGGAGAAACAUUUCAAAGUAUAUGUCUACGAAGAAGGGGAGCCUCCGGUUUUUCACAAUGGACCUUGCAAAAGCAUAUACUCAAUGGAGGGAAAUUUUAUCCAUACUAUAGAGAUGAAUGAGCAAUUCCGAACAAGAGACCCCGAGAAGGCCCAUGUAUAUUUCCUACCUUUUAGUGUAGCAAUGAUGGUCCAAUUUGUAUAUGUACGUGACUCUCAUGACUUUGGCCCCAUCAAAAAGACUGUCACGGAUUAUGUCAACGUCAUUGCCGCAAGAUAUCCCUAUUGGAACCGAAGCCUUGGAGCUGAUCAUUUCAUGCUUGCUUGCCAUGAUUGGGGGCCAGAGGCUUCACUUUCCGUUGACAACUUGCACAAGAAUUCGAUUCGUGUGCUGUGCAAUGCUAACACCUCUGAGGGAUUCAAACCUUCAAAGGAUGUAUCUUUGCCAGAAAUUAAUCUCCAAACGGGUUCAAUAAAUGGUUUGAUUGGUGGGCCAUCAGCAUCUAGACGUUCAGUCUUGGCCUUCUUUGCUGGUGGGCUUCAUGGCCCAAUUAGGCCUGUUCUUCUUGAACACUGGGAAAACAAAGACAAUGACAUCCAAGUUCACAAGUACCUUCCAAAGGGUGUGUCCUACUAUGAAAUGUUGAGAAAGAGCAAGUUUUGCCUUUGUCCCAGUGGGUAUGAGGUAGCAAGCCCAAGAGUGGUGGAGGCAAUAUACACAGGGUGUGUCCCAGUGCUCAUUUCAGAUCAUUAUGUUCCUCCAUUCAAUGAUGUUUUGAAUUGGAAGUCAUUUUCCGUUGAGGUAUCAGUGAAGGAUAUUCCUUACUUGAAGGAAAUUCUGAUGAGUAUUUCUCCAAGGCAGUAUAUAAGAAUGCAAAGAAGAGUUGGACAAGUUAGGAGGCACUUUGAGGUACACUCUCCUCCUAAGAGAUACGACGUGUUCCAUAUGAUCCUUCAUUCUGUGUGGCUUAGAAGAUUGAACUUCAGACUUCACGAUGAUCAAUAG